CUCCCCCUUAGCUCUCUCGACCAAUGAGAAAUGGUGUCGAAAUUUGCCACCGCCCGGUCGCAGGUCACGUGACCUCGUCUCCCCGCCCUCUCACUCCGCUGCCUCCAGGUUCUGAGAAGAUGGCGAAGGUCUCGGAGCUUUACGAUGUCACUUGGGAAGAAAUGCGAGAUAAAAUGAGAAAAUGGAGAGAAGAAAACUCACGAAAUAGUGAGCAAAUUGUGGAAGUUGGAGAGGAAUUAAUUAAUGAAUAUGCUUCUAAGCUUGGAGAUGAUAUUUGGAUCAUAUAUGAACAGGUGAUGAUUGCAGCCUUAGACUAUGGUCGGGAUGACUUGGCAUUGUUUUGUCUUCAGGAAUUGAGAAGACAAUUCCCUGGCAGUCACAGAGUCAAGAGACUAACUGGCAUGAGAUUUGAAGCCAUGGAGAGAUAUGAUGAUGCUCUACAGCUGUAUGAUCGAAUUUUACAAGAAGAUCCAACAAAUACUGCUGCAAGAAAGCGUAAGAUUGCCAUUCGAAAAGCCCAGGGGAAAAAUGUGGAGGCCAUUCGGGAACUGAAUGAGUAUCUGGAACAAUUUGUUGGAGACCAGGAAGCCUGGCAUGAACUUGCAGAACUUUAUAUCAAUGAACAUGACUAUGCUAAAGCAGCCUUUUGUUUAGAGGAACUUAUGAUGACUAAUCCACACAAUCACUUAUAUUGUCAGCAGUAUGCUGAAGUUAAAUAUACUCAAGGUGGACUUGAAAAUCUCGAACUUUCAAGAAAGUAUUUUGCACAGGCAUUGAAACUGAACAACAGAAACAUGAGAGCUUUGUUUGGACUUUACAUGUCUGCAAGUCAUAUUGCUUCUAAUCCAAAAGCAAGUGCAAAAACAAAAAAGGACAACAUGAAAUAUGCUAGUUGGGCAGCUAGUCAAAUAAACAGAGCUUAUCAGUGCUUGGCAUAUGGGCCUUUUGUUCAUUAUAUAUGUAGCAAGACUUUUUAACUCCUUGGUUGCAGUCACUAUGAUUUUGAAGAACAAAAGUUCUGGAGAUUAUGUUCAACCUAAUCAUUUAUUUCCUUUAUGGUUUGUGCAUUUUGUGUUGUUUAGGAAAUCAUUUGCUACUGAUGGUUAUGAAGGUAAUCUCGUCUCUUUGGAGUUUUGUUUUUUUGUUUUUUUCUUCUACUUUUCACAUUUAAAUCCACAGUCCAUUUAGACCUUAUUUUUAUGUAUGCUGUGAAAUAGGAGUCAAUCCUCCACCCCACCAUGUAGCUUUCCACUGUUUCUGUCCAUCUCUCUUCUGUCAUGAAACCCAUCCUAUGGAAAGUAGUACCUUGUCGUAGUUGAGAGAAGAACAUGGGUAAUAAAUAGAUCUGUAUCAUCUGGCUUCAAAGUUUGCCUCUGACAUUUGUUAGUUAUAUGGCCUUGUAAAAAUUACAUGCCAUCUCUGGGCCUAGCUUUUCAUCUGCAUGAUGAAUAUAAUGAAAGUGGGCUAGCUUUUCAUCUGCAAGAUGGAUAUGUUAAAAGUUUUCUGAGAAUUAAAGGAGUCGAUGCAUACUUUUCACUGAAGCACAGUAAUACACAUUGUAUUGUAUUUACUAAUUACAUGAUCUAAGUUCUUUUUAUUAUGUCUGCUAUAUUUAUUGUAAUCAUAGUAAUAUUAACAACAAUAACAGUUAUAAUAGCAGACAUAGAAAAUUUAUUAUAAGGUUACUUUUGUUGUUUUGCGUGCAAAUGAGGAAAUUAAGGCAUGAAAAAGUAAAAUAACUCUUUCUGAGAUGACAUAAUUGGUUAAUGACAGAGCUUUUUUCAAAUCUAGGCAGGCUGAACACCAAAGUUGAUGCUCCUAAUGCCCACAAUAUACUGCCUGUAUAAAGACAUGUCAAGUAUAAAUGUAUUUAAAACUGUAAUUAUGGUUUUUAACUCCCUUCUUAUUUUCUCAUGUGAACAAUUGAUAUUCUGCCCUCACUUGUUUCCUUUCUCCUUUCAGACUCAAAGCUCUCCAUAGUAACUAAAUUAAGAAUUUCAUUUUGUUUGGGCCUUUGUUUGCUUUUUAGGGCUGCACUUGCGGCAUAUGGAGGUUCCCAGGCUAGGGGUUGAAUCAGAGCUGCAGCUGCUGGCCUACACCACAGCCACAACAAUGCAGGAUCCAAGCCUCAUGUGCAACCUGCACCACAGCUGACGGCAAUGCCAGAUCCUUUAACCCAAUGAGCAAGGCCAGGGAUCAAACCCACAACCUCAUGGUUACUAGGCAGAUUCGUUUCUGCUGCACCAUGAUGGGAACUCCUAAUUUUUAAUUUUUUUAUGACCACAUCCACAAAAAUAUGAAAGUUCCCAGGCUAGGGAUGGAAUCUGAGUCACAGCUACAAUCUACACUGUAGCUAUGGCAAUGCUGGACCCUUUAACUCUCUGCUCUGGCCUGGGGAUUGAACCUGCCUCCCCACUGCAACCCAAGCUGCUACAGUCAGAUUCUUAACCCACUGUGCCAUAGCAGGAACUCCUUGUUUGACCUUUUUUUUUUGUUUUCCCCUGUCUCUUCAGUAAUGCAAGACCAGACAAAAUAGCCUUCCCUGCCUUAUGAGAUGCACUGUAGCACCAGAUAUGAAUCCGUCAUUUCAGUAUUUUAAAACCAUUGCCGUAGAGCCAAUCUCUAUGCUUUAGUAAUAUUUGCUGUCCUUGCCAUUCUUUUUAAAAUUUUUUAAAAAUUGUAUCUUAUUAGAUCUCUUUUCAUAGACUUAUUUUAUAAAGUCUCAGUGUUCUUUGGAAAGAGCUCUGAGAGUAUCAUUUGUGCUCUUCAGUCUUGAGUUUUGCACCAUAAACUCCGUAGUACCUAGUGAUGUUUUACAUUUACACAUGUUUUCUGAAGGUGUGAUUUGCUCUAUUUUUUUUUUUUUUUUUGUGACUCUAAGGAAAGGAUAGUACAAGGGAUUUUUGUCAGUUUCUGUCAUUUUGGAUACCACCCCAAGAAGAUAACACAUCUCUCAAUUUAUAAUGUUAGAGUUCUGUAUAGCAGCCUGAAAUACCCCUCAACUAGGAGUCACCCAUCAUGCAAAAUUUAUUUUUGCCUCUGGAUACUAGUAACAGGUUUUAAAUAAAAUAUUUUGGUGCUUUUGAAGUUUUCAUAUCUGUACUUUUUUACAGAGGUUCUUGAUUUUCUUACUGUGUCAUAUUUCAUAAAUAUUUCUAUUCAUUGCCUUUUGCUAACAUAAUGGUUUAAAAUAAUGACUUAUUUACUUAUGAAUCUGUCAGUAUCAUGUAGGCUUUGGCUCUGCGAGUCUGUACUGGGCUUAUUUAUGUAUAUGCCUUAUGCUUGUGAUUGAUGGCCUCACUUAAAUAUCUGAUGGUUGGCUAUUGGUCAGCUAGGAGUGCUGGACCUUGUAGUUUCUCAUUUGGGCAUGCUAACUUGGGCUUAUUCACAUGGUGGUCUCAAGUUUUCAAGAGCACCAAACAGGCAAACUCCAGUGCAGGAGGGUAUUUUUGAGUCUCUGGUGUGUCUCAUAUUGCUAAUAUUCCAUUGAACAAAACAAGUCACAUGAUCAACCCAGAUUCAGAGGAUAUAGUAUUUUACCUCUCAAUGGGAAGGGAAAUAUGUGGUCAUUUGGUAGUUUACUAUAUCUUUGUAUAAUUCUAUAGUUCCAUCCAUCUGUUUUUAUUUUGACUUUUUCUUGCCACCCCCAUGGCAUAGGAAAGUUCCCAGGCCAGGGCUUGAAUCUGAGCCUCAGCUGUGACCUGUGCUGCAGCUAUUGCAACACCAGAUCCUUUAACCCACUGCUCCAGGCUGGGAAUCAAACCCAUGCCUCCCCAGAGACUCAGGUCACUGCAGUUGGAUUCUUAACCCACUGAGCCACUGCAGGAACUCUGCCUUUUUCUUUUUAUCCACUUUAUUGAGGUAUAAUUUACAUACAGUAACACAAAUACAUUUUAACUGUACAGUUGAGUUUUGACAAAUGUAUACUCCUCUCUCACCACUACCCCAUUCAAGAUACACAGUUUUCAUCAGCCCAGAAAGUUCCCCUCUACCACUUUGCAGUCAGCCUCAUUGCACAUUGCAGACAAGCACUGAUUGGAUUUUCAUCACUAUAAAUUAGUUUUGCCUGUACUAGAACUUUAUAUAUAAAUGAGAUCAUAGGUUAUAUACUCCUUUGUGCCUGGCUUUUUUCACUCAGCAUGUUUCUGAGACUCAUUCAUCCACUGUUCCAUUUUAUUUAUCUUACUACUUUUCCAUCCAUAUUUUCCACAAAAUUAUGUAAAUUUGUGAAUAUUAGCCCAACUUAUCCUGGCUAUCACAAUGGAUAAGUCAUUGACCUUUGAAUGUGAUAAGCAAUUUUUUAUUAUUUGAAUGUCCUUUCUGGUCAGUUUUCUUUAAGAUCCAACAGGGAAUUAUGAAAAAAGAGUUUACUUAAGCAAAAUCUAACUAUAUGAAAAUUAAAAUGCGUAAUUUGUGAUUUAUGUGGAAAGUUAGAACUUUGAAAGUGACAUUUUAGUAAUUAGAUAAAUAUCUGGGAUCUAAUUUAGAACUUUGUGACAGGUCUAGGCAUAUAAACAAGUGUAAAGUAUAUAAUAAACAUUCCUUAUUCCUUAUUUUAUUAUUUUUCUAGAUAUUUAAAAAUUAGAGAAAAUGAGAUUUUUGUAAGAACUGCUUUCUUUGUUUCUACUUAAUAAUGAAACAGAAUAUGGCUACUACUUGCUCUUCAUUUAGGUAAUUGGUUUAGCAUGUUCAGUAGAAGCAAGCAAGUUUGAUUAAUGCUCAUGAAAAACUUUAAUGUGAACCUACUCACAAUAAUUUUCCAGAUAAAUGCUUCUUUGGGACUCUGUUAAAUUCGUCUGUGCUAGUGAUCCAUAUGUUAUUUAUGAUUGCAGAAGUGAUUCUGUUACUAUCCUUUUGGGAAAUGGAAAAUUAAAUCAUGAUUUGAGGGGAAAAAUAGGAUUCCGGCUUAAUCAGUUAAAUUGCCAUAUAAUGUAGAAUAGACAAAAUAAUUGCAUGUCAGGUAAAAUUCGAAGUGAUAGAUUUAUAUAUCUAACUUUCUUUUUAUUUGUUCUGACACAAAUAAGUUAGUUUGGUUUAUUUUAAAUUGUAUUGGUUGUCAGUAGUGUUGAUACACAAUCUUAGGUGAUUUUUAAGAAUAAGCUAAUUUUAAAAAUCACAAAUUUAUAUUUUUUUAUUACAUUUAAGUAGAAACUAAGAAAAAUGAUUCAUUUAAAAAUACUUGCUGUGUCUUCAGCUCUACACAAGUUUUUCAUUUUUUACUUUGCUGUUUAAAAAAUUAUAUGUUCUCUUUUGUACCCCCUCCCUGAACCCAUCAAAAGAUUUUUCUUAGAAUUAGACCUUUAAGCAUCUGAUUAGGAACAUUCCUGUUUACUUUUGAUAGGCAGUGGUAAAAGAAAAGGCUUUCUGUUCUUGGUAAGACCUUGUGGAAGUAAACUUAUCAACUGGGUAAUAGGAACAAUAAUAAGUGCACUCCACAUCUUUUACUCACUGUGGGGAAUUAUAAAAAGGCAAAGUUUUAAAUAUGGUGUUGCUGUUACCAUAUUUUGUAAUUAUGACCUGUAUAUUCAGCAUUUGAAUUCUUUACAUUCGUAAUGUCUUAUGAAUGGCUAAGUGAUCUUGAUUCUUAUGAGAAGCUUUUCUUUUUCUAUGGCAUUUCCUUUAGAAAUCAAGAUUCAGCCACAGAAGCUAAUGGUUUAGGAAGUAGGAGACUCAAUGUUAAGCUGCUGUCAGAGAGGUCAGAGGCAGGUUACCAAUUCCUGAAGCCUAUUGCUUCUAUGAUGUUACCUGUGCGUGAUCACUUAAUCUUUCACAACAGGUCACAAGAAGUUUGCCAAAUUAAGUUAAUUACAAAAGAGAAGGAACACAUCAUAAAUCAAGUACUAAGUACUUAAGACAGCAUUGGUAUUUGAAACAAAGAUCAGUCACUUGAAAGUAUAUUGAUUGCUUAGAUAUUAGCUGGAAAAUGCUAUAUGUUGCUACUACCAAAAUGUUAAUCAGUACUUUAACCAAGGGAAAAAGAGAUAAUAUAGAUAUAAUAAACCUUCCCCUAUCUUUACAAGGAGCACUAGUAAGUCUGUACUGUUAAGUCAAACUGAUAAAUGAUGGGAAUUGUCAGUCUAGUUAGAAAACUCAUUUUGAAAUCAGCAUGGGGUAUUCAACAGUGUUUCCCCCACGGAUUAUGCACUGUACUGAAUUUAAUAUGCCAUGAAUUUGCUUUUAAAUAUGCAAAGAUAGUAUUUAUGCAGUAUAUUUUGUUUGUAUUAUAAAAUCCAGUCCUUGUUUGGUGUUAUAAAUUAUGACUUAUUAACUAGAAGUGCAUAUUUUAGAACAUGUUUCUAUCAUUUUCAUAUGUAGCAUAAGCUAGUUCUUUACAGCAGAAACUUAAUAUUAUCUAGUUAACUAAUAAAUCUGGAAAGUUUUCAAAAAUUGCAACCUACUGUAAAUAAUGUAGAGAAAUCUUACAACUUGAAAAUGUUAAUAAAAGUACUUUAGUAAAAAAAAA